UCGCAUUAUACAUUUAUCGUUUCAUCCGUGAAAGUUAUAAUUAUAAAUGCAACAUGCAAUUGCUGCAAUUUGCGACUGUAAUAUAAUGCAUCAUUGUCUCUAAAUGAUAAACGUAAUUAAAUUCCCGUUAUUUCCAACGUAAUUAAACGCUCAAUAUAAUUAAAAAGACAAUUCUUACAGGCAAUUUGCGCGUAUUUUAGUAUCAACUCUCGUUACACGCAUACGUCAUAUAAUAAUAAUUAUUUAAGCAUUAAUCACUCGACCGCCUAAUUAUUUUACUCGCAAUUGAGUAAAUUCGUAACUUAUUAACUCGAUGAACGCGCGCUUUUAUUAUUAUUAGUCAGAAAUUUGUGCAGGCAACUUUUCGGACACUAUCGGCCUUCGAUUUCCAUUGAUGGCCUGCAAUUUUAUAACGUAUAAUCCAUGCCAUGCAUUCAUAUUCAAAUGCGUGGAAAGGAUAAUUUAUAUCUACCUUUAUACAUUUUGACGACUUUAUCUCUGGCGUUCAUUGUUCUCUCUUACAACGCAAAUUGAACUAAAAUUCAUCAUCAUGGAUAUUUGCUACUGAAUACCUUUGCAAAACGUCAUUGCACGGUCCGUUAAUUUUGCCGUAGUUGACAUCGCGUGCGUCAGAUGAUACGUUACGAAUUAUUUGAAUAGCAUCGAUCUAUAUUAGGGUACACGUAAUAUGCCCACAUAAUAUGCCCUCACGCUCAAACAAUCACUAUAUCGUCGUAUUAUAAUAUUUUUCGCCAUGAAAUAAUAAAUCUGCAAUUCGACAAAGGCAUAGGAUACGUAUAAUAAUUUUCGAUCAAAAUCGAACAUCACAAAAAAUAUAUAAUUUUGAUAAUCUUAUAUCUGUUACAUCUAACAUACACAUACAUACACAAAAAUGAUAAAUGAUAAUAAAAUCGAGCACAGUUAUUUAACCAAAUUGUAUUUUUUUGCUUUAUCAUUUUGCGCUGUUAGAUAAUUUGUGAUAUUUAGUAAAAUGAAAAUCACGAUGUUGUAGGGCAAUGUAAGGGUUGGUCAAUACCUAGCAGGUGGUUAAUUGUUUCAGGAUUAUCGGUCCGUAUUAAUGCCUAUAGGCUGCUUAAGCUGGGAAGAUUAGCGAUUAUUGGCUACUUUAAAGAUAUACCAAUGCCAUCGUUUGAAGAACCGGAACUGGAAUUUGCGGAACCUAGCAAGGAGGUCGUGCGGUCGAUGGAACGUCUCUACGCCGUACCGUCGGAAAAGCUGCGGGUUUGGAUGGUUUGGCUUACCGGCGUCGGCGAGAUAGCCGACGAGUGGCACAAAUGGCUACGGGCGCACAUUGAUCUGAUCGGCGAGCGUCUUCAAAUGGUCGCGAACAACGUCCCGGGAGACAGCAGCAAGAUUGAAUCCGUCACAAACGCUAAGUCCGAGGAAAUCCUUGAUAACGCGAUGGCAACAGGAAAGGAAGAGAGAGAUGUAUCCUUUAAUGCCUUCAACGGAAGGAGGACAGGUGAAGGCGGAGAAGAGGAGAGCACAAGGACGACGACGAGGGUGGCAACGGAUGCGAGCGAGACGGCAAAGGAAACCGCGACGGUUUGGCCAAUAGGGGCAAGUUGGCAGCCCUUGACUCGUUGUCCGAUCGAAAGGAAAGCGGAUCAGAUGGAAACGAUUCCGAGUCUUAAGAUGCCGCAGGACGAGAUAGAAAGGAUUGAAUUCCUGAAGAAUUUUACGCAUCAAGCCACCUUGUACGGAUCUUAUUACAAGCAUUGGAUAGAAACCGCUGAUCAAGCCAUAAAGGAAAUUGCCGGCAGAACGGUGAUGACCACAGCGAAAUUUCGAGGAACAGACGACGGCGAAUCGAGGUUGGAUGUAGAUGCUUCGCAGCCUGCUCAAUAUUCAAUGAAGCAACCUGAAAGCGCCGUCGCUCAACCGAUAGAGGGAACGACGGCUGCAACGGCGGAAACGUCGAUGUCGAGCCGGAUUGAUCUCUCGACGUCGAAAGAUGCGCUUGAGCAGGACACCGUCGAAGCGUCGACAGCGUUAUCGGAUGAUCAAUCUAAAGUAGUUGAGCCGCCCACGAAGAAGGAGACAGCUGAAAUGGAGGCUGAGUCUGCCUCUGCGCAACCGGAUGCCGUCGAAUCCCCGUUUGCGGAACCCGAUGCCGUAUCCCUGUCUGUGGAACCGGAUGCGACCGCGCGCGCGACACCGCAACCGGAAACGACAUCCCAGAUGUGGCCGACAAUGGAGCCUAUCGUCUUGAUGCCACCGCCCGAGAUCGCCGCGACAUUGUCCGUGCAAGAAGCAACAGCGAAACGUGAAGCGGCCGAAAAAUUGGUAAGGGAUAUGGCACGAGCCGAAGAAAAUAUUCCAUAUUUCUUCUAUCUGAAGGCAGAGCCCGAUAUAGAUAUUGCAAUUCGGUACAAUGACGAAAAAGUAAUACCGCCGGAUCUUGAUCGUGAAAGUAUCUCCGCCAAUCGCAGACAUCUGUAUUUUAAUCUGACCGAUAAACUCGGCAGAAAUUAAUCCGUAAUAUUAGUUAUAUAAAAGAUUUAUUAAGAUAGCAUUCUAACGUAUUCUCGCUCUUUCUCGCAAAAAGAAUUAAUAAAUAAAAAAAGAUAUAUUACCGAGACACAAAAUGUAAGCUAUAAAUAACUGUGUAAAAAAAUUUAUAAAUAAAAUGAAUGAAAGA